AUGCCCGUCUGGCAGUGGUACAAAGGGAUCGCGCCCAAGACUCGCGUCCUCGUCGGCGUCGGCAUCAUGGCAUACGCAGGCCUGGGGCUCGUUCUAUCGGACAAGGUAGAAGAGAAGCUAGGCCUGGUGCCCACGGAGAAGGAUAAAGAAGACUUGCGCAAGGCAAUACCGAAGGUCACACCGGUCGAGAAGGGGAAUAGGUGGGAAUAG